AUGCCGAGUGAUAGAACAGAAAAUGUAAACGAGAUAUGCCGUGAUGAUAGUGCUGCACCAGUGAAGGCUCAAACGAUUGAUGAAUUGCAUUCGCUUCAGAAGAAAAAAUCAGCUCCAAAUUCACCAAGAAUUAAGCAAAAAGCUGGCGAUGGCUUAUUUUCGUCAGCCAUUCUUGACCAAGAAGAUCGUCAGAAACAACAGCUUAAAUCAAUCAGUGCAUCAUUGGCAUCUCUAACAAGAGAGACAGGACCAAAGGUGGUGAAAGGUGAUCCAUCAACAAAAAAGCCCGAGUCUCCAAAGGCUGCCAUUUCUCACCACCAGCAUUUCACCGCCCCAGCGGUACCCGUCACUGAUAGUGCCCUCAAAUUUAUCCACAUCCUGUACAAUCUCUCCCCUGCAGAGCUGUAUGAGCAGGCCAUAAAGUAUGAAAAAGGUUCCUUCAUAACAUCGAGUGGGGCGUUAGCGACGUUUUCUGGAGCGAAAACUGGUCGUUCCCCAAGAGAUAAACGCGUGCUGAAAGACAAGUCAACAGAGGAUGAUCUUUGGUGGGGCAAAGGCUCGCCCAACAUUGAAAUGGACGAGCACACCUUCACGGUUAACAGAGAAAGAGCUGUUGAUUACUUAAACUCCUUAGACAAGGUGUAUGUGAAUGAUCAGUUCUUGAACUGGGAUCCGGAACAUCAAAUCAAAGUCAGGAUAGUAUCAGCCAGAGCGGAUCACUCUCUGUUCAUGCACAAUAUGUGCAUAAGACCUACAGCUGAAGAGUUAGAGAAUUUUGGUACUCCGGAUUUCACCAUUUAUAAUGCUGGACAGUUCCCAUGUAAUCGGUACACCCACUACAUGACUUCUUUGACUAGCAUAGACAUUAACCUUUCUAGGAAAGAGAUGGUCAUCCUUGGUACACAAUAUGCUGGUGAAAUGAAAAAGGGGUUGUUUGGUUUAAUGCAUUACCUCAUGCCAAAGCGCCAAAUCCUCUCCUUACACUCUGGUUGUAACAUGGGUAAAGAUGGAGAUGUCGCCCUUUUCUUCGGAUUAUCAGGUACUGGGAAGACAACUUUGUCUACUGAUCAGAACCGGUACUUAAUUGGAGAUGAUGAACACUGCUGGAGUGAGAAUGGUGUCUCCAACAUUGAAGGUGGCUGCUAUGCGAAGUGCAUUGACCUUUCAAAAGAGAAAGAGCCAGAGAUUUUUAACGCCAUCAAGUUUGGAACUGUGUUGGAAAAUGUGGUUUUCGAUGAGCAUACUCGUGAAGUGGAUUACACAGACAAAUCUGUUACAGAGAACACUCGAGCGGCCUACCCAAUUGAAUACAUACCCAACGCAAAGAUACCAUGUGUCGGUCCACACCCGCAGAACGUUAUCCUUUUGUCUUGUGAUGCUUUUGGAGUGCUCCCCCCUGUGAGCAAGCUGAACCUAGCACAGACCAUGUACCAUUUCAUCAGCGGCUACACCGCUUUGGUUGCUGGAACAGUGGAAGGUGUGAAGGAGCCGACAGCAACAUUUUCAGCCUGCUUUGGAGCCGCAUUUAUAAUGCUGCAUCCUACUAAAUAUGCAGCAAUGCUUGCUGAGAAAAUGCAACUGCACGGAGCCACAGCUUGGCUCGUCAACACUGGCUGGUCUGGUGGAAGCUAUGGCUCGGGUAGCCGCAUCAAGUUACCCUACACACGUAAGAUCAUUGAUGCCAUACACUCAGGCAGUCUUUUAAACGCAAGUUACACUAAGACUGAAGUAUUUGGACUCGAAAUCCCCAACGAAGUGGAAGGCGUCCCUUCAGAGAUCUUGCAUCCAAUGAAUCCUUGGUCAGAUAAACAAGCGUACAAGGAAACCCUAUUGAAGUUGGCAGGUUCGUUCAAGAAGAACUUUGAAGUUUUUGCUAACUACAGCAUUGGCAAAGACAGUAGUCUGACUGAGGAGAUUCUUGCAGCUGGACCAAUUUUCUGA